UAUUUGUAGUCGGUACUAUCGGUGGUAUCCAUAUAUCGCGCCAGAUCCAAGCAGCAGCCCACACGGUCGUUCAUUUUCUUCCCCAGCUUUACGGUCGUCUCCGUGGUCAGCAAAACCCGCAGUCUCCUCGUAAGUCGUAUCGCCAGUGCAGCCUCAGGCAGGGCCAGGGUGCAACAUUACACCCAGCAUUCGAGUUGGCACUACAAAAUUAAUGUACUAUCGUUCGCUGUCGCUUCAAAGCCGAACAGUUAGUAAGCUGCAGACCAGCACCUGGCAGGAAUGGCGGGUAGUAGGCUUUGCUUGCGAGCACACCACCAACUUCUACUACUAGUAAGACUUAGUAACGUUGAGCAGACUAGACUGCAUCGAAUAGCUGUCCCUGUUACGACGGACUAAUUCCUUGUCGGAUAACUGCAGUCCCAAAUCAGGACUGACUGGUCCCGACGGCCGCAAUACUACACGACAAGUUAUUUCCGUCACAACCGUUGAAGGCGGCCGCCAUGACGAAGCUCCUGACAGGAAACUCUCUUCAACAACCGCUAGUGCUGCCACUAACCAGAAUCCUACUGCAAUGUGCACUAGUACUGAUGGCUGCUGGUCGUAUUUCUGCUCACCCAUUUCCAUACGGGGAUUCCAAAGCGAAAUGCACGUGUGCCGGAGGAGAUGAGGAACGCAGCGGCUGCGUGCCCCAGUUCAUGACGUACAUGAGUGGCGGCGAUCCGUUCCUCCAACAGGCCAUUUUCAGCGUGCCAGUCGACGAGAGUCGCAACGAGACCGACGGAACAUGCCUGGUGCAGUUGGCAUCGGAUAUCGAAAACAGGGUGUCAACAGGACAGUGUGGUUUCUUCAGCAACAUGGACUGCCACUUCUACUUCACCACCGCGUUUCCCGAGCUCUACGUGAUCUACUCCGAGUUCACACACUUAGUAAUGGAGGGCUCAUUUAACUGUUUAGCGGACCACGUCGAGUAUCCUCUGUCGGACGGCUCCAUACGGCGCGUUUGCGGCGACAUUGUGGAUAUGGGCUCGGCUUUCAGCUACUAUGGGUCUCUCAACGUGACCUUCCACAGUGACCAUAAUGACAUUGGUGGGAGAGUAGCGGGUUUCAUGAUCGCAUUCAUGCCAUCAUUAGAUGAACAUUUCACAGCAAGGACCAGAAGAUCCACGGAUCACCAGGACAUGUACACUAUUGUCAACGAUGAUGAGUCACUCUCUGAUGCGGGUUACGAUGAUGAAACUGCCCGUCGAGCAGCCAUGCCAGCAUUCCACAGCACAAUGUCCACCAGUGCGAGAAGCUGGCAGAUCCCGGAUUCAACCAUUCUACCCACCAUGCGUAAGCUACUGGAUUUCCACGACAGGGGAAAAGUGAGUAUGCAGAAAACACAAAAGUUGAUGGGGCUUUGGCGCUGCGGAAACUGCCGACGCCUCAUGAGAAUGGUGGCGCCUCGGAAGUGCAUGCCGUUCUGGCGCCUACUGGGAGUUCCGAGCAGUGCCCUGUGCACACGACUGUUGAACCGUGUGUGGCAAGCGGCAACGAAUAUGACCUGGCCGCCAUUGCUUGAUCAGUGAUUCACCCCUGCUGCGUCCUUGAUGUACUGCUCAAGCCAGGCAUAGCAUGUCCGGGCUGGAAGUAAACGAACACCCCAGUGCAAUGCCCGGCGGCAAUCAAUAUGUCAGGCAUCGCAAGGUCCGGCGCCAGCAGACUGCAAUGUAACUAAUGUUACACUAUGUAGGGUUCUGUCCAGUGUGGUGGCUACCAUACUCUUUCACAUGCAAUGUAUGAUGUUAUAGUUCAGCAAGACUGCAUGGCUGGAACAGCUGCUGCUAGUGCUCUGCAGCUAGAGAGUGGAUGUGAUGCAUGUAAUCAUGUGCCCUUAGAACCUCUUAAACUUUGUAGCACACAUAUUCAUCGUAUAGUUUGCAGUUAUCAUCAGUCUCUGUACAAUUAUGGGAUCUCUUCUUUGCCAGUACUUAGUCAACUAACUAUUACUUAGUGCGCUCUGUCACUGUCUUUGGUACAUACACACUGUAGUUACCAUGGUAACUAGUGUAGCUCAGUGGAAGGUAGCUACUAGCUAGUGCAUGAGUUUGACAGUAUUAGUGAUUAGUGUGUUUUCUUUUCGUACGUUCGUAUUGAUCUUCAACCUCCCUGAGAGAAUAAUUAUGGUAAUUCGGCCAGUACUGCUGGCUACUGCUACCAGCGUAACACCAACGGCAUCUAUGUAUACUGUACAUACAUGUAAUUGUUGUACUGAGUGAUGUGUUAGUAUUAUUGUCAUUUUGCAGCAAUGUGGAUACAACA